GGGUCCCAUUUUAAAAAUUGAAGUCUCUGCGGGGACUUCUAAUGUAGGUCCUGUAGCGCUUGCUCAAGAUAAAAAAAGAAUAAUCUGGAAUAUUGGUACAAAAUUUCCGCGUAAUUUAGAAGCUACUUUGAACGCUGUUGUAUUGUUUGGUAAUAAAAUAACUGAUAAAGUGCAUGUUGAUGAUGAAUUCUGUAUCGGAAAAAAUGCCUAUGCACAGAUUCGCUUUAAGAUAAACAGUUUUACUUUUAGCAGUUGUCAGCUGGAUCCUCAUUCUGUUAAUACGUCUCCGAACGCUCAUUACAAAUCAAAUUAUGUUACCGAAUUUGCGGCAUCGCAGUAUCGAAUAUGGAAUUCGUUUGGUGAUGCACCGAUUGCAUUGACUCAGAAUCUGCAGAACGAGGUCUCUGAGAAGAAAUUAAGUCAGCAAUAUUAA